GUGCCUCAGUCUCCUUCGUUCUCCCCCAUUGGCGCCCAAAACCCUGCAGGAUUCGCCACUAAAACGCCCCCCUCUUCCCCCAAAAGUCAAAACCCUAGAAAUCUCCAACUCUUAGAAUAAAAGAAAACCCUAACCCUAGAUUGUUGGCGUAUUGAUGGAUCCGUCGGGUUUAGUGCCGACGGAGGACACGAUCGAGGCCCUGCUCGAUCAUCUCGUUGAUCCUCUUCUCCCGAUCGUGGAGGUUAGGGGCGAGGUUCCUAACGAUCAUCAGCAGCUAAUGCUCGCAAAGCAGAUGCAUGCAGUUGUGAUACUUUAUAAUUAUUAUCACCGAAAGCAGUUUCCUAAACUAGAGUUUCUUGGUUUAGAGUCCUUUUUCAAACUCUGCUGCAUAGCCAAACCAGGGAUAUUACAUUACCUGAAAUAUAUGCAUGGAUGUGAAGAGGGUUCUGAUAAUCUCAACAACCAGUUCUCCAUCACUGAGAAGAUGGUCAUGGAUGCUUGUAAUAUUUGUAUAGAAUUAGAUUCAUCAAAAGAUAAUCCAAUCAUACAGGGAUGGCCAAUUUCUAAAGUUGCGGUCUUUCUAGUUGAUCCUACAAACAAAAACUGUUUGCUUCAGUUCUGUUCUAUUACUCAAGGUGUCUGGUCAUUAGUGGAAAAAGCUGUUGAAGCCCACUAUGAAAAUGGAUUCUCACAGAAUGAAGCUGAUGAGUUCGAAAAAGUACUUGAGCAGCUUGCAUUUUCUUCUGUUGAGCAAGAAACAGGAAUUAGUCGCUCAGAUUUAAGCAUUCUGGAACGUCAUUUGACAUAUUCAUUAAGUCAUGAGAAGACAACUUCCAGAUUGUAUAUUAUGAAGUAUGGAAGAGUAUUGAGCGAGGAGCUUCCCGAAGUUGCUAUAGAAGAUGUGAUAACAAGCUUGGAAGGACCAUUAGUUAAGAAGGAUUUAACUUGCGAAGUAACAUCAGUGGUUGAAUACUAUAACAUCUUGCCAUAUGUUGAAAUUAUAGCCAGUUGGCUAUCCAGGGAAGAUGCUAAUCAUGAUUCCUUGAAUUUGUGGGGACAGCAGGUAAUCAAAGAAGGGAAGUGUAGUCUGCAGCCGAAUGGAGUAGCUUCAAUAGCAGAUCACAAGGUUGAUAUCAAAUUUGUUUCAAGUGAAUCCAAUGCAGACAUAGGGAAUAGAAAGGAGAGCAAAACGCUAACUAUAGAAACUAGCAGAAGUCAACUAUCAUCAGUAAACGGGUCUCUAGAAUCUGCUAUUAGGCCAGAAAAUAUAGCUGGCAGUCCUUGCAUUGAGCAAGAAGACCGCAUUAUCAUGAAAGACCAGGCAAUGAAUGAUAAGCCUAUGCAGAAUGAGCAGGAUAAUAAUGAUCUAGACAACGAGAAAAAUAAUUUGAUGGAUGGUAAUACAUAUAACAAUAGAGUUGAUGGGUCAUAUAGAGUUACUAAUUCUUGCAAGGCUGUCGAUUUGAAGCAUCCUUUGGUGCUGGACAGAAUGCCCAUGGAAGAUGAAGGCAUGAAUACAAAAUCUGAUUUAAGCGAGCGCAAUGUAAACAACAAAGACAAAAAAAUAGUCAAAAGUGAGCGUGUAACUAUCAAGAAUAUCAAUGAUCUUCCAGCAGAUAAUAACUCAAGUACUGCAAUUAGUAAACCCAAAAAAAUAUAUGACGUUUCUCAAGCGGAGCCAGACAGUCUCACUAAGAUAAAAGAUCAGGUAAGAAAGGAUAAAUUGCCCAAAACUGGGCAGUGUGAGGACAUUGAAAUAAGUGAGAAAAAGCACAUAAAAGAUGCCAGCACAAGCAAUGAAAAAUCUGGCAGCACCUGUGUAAAAGAUGCAAUGACAAGCAAAAGUAAUACUUUGAGGCAGAACAGUCUCCAGCAGCCUUCACACUGUGCAGUUACUAGUGGGACAAAUGUAACUUCAGAUGCCUAUAUUGAUGAGUGCAAGAAUGAUAUCUGUAGUGCAUCACCAGUUUCUGUUGGUGGCAAUGAAGACAAGGCAUGCAGGAGAGACUCAGUUGGAUGCAUAACGAAGUGCACAGACAAAGAUAGAACGUAUGUUAGUGGUGCUAAUCAAGGUGGAUGUUCUUCGGGUGAUCUACCACUUGCUCCCGUGCAUUUUACGUCCAGUGACCAUAGUUCAUUUUAUCAUGUGAUGGCAUCUAAGGAAAAAGAUCUGCUGCAAGCUUGCUUGAGAGUUUUUCAGAAAAAGAGGGAUGAUCUGUAUCAACAAAAACGCUUGAUUCAGGAUGAGAUUGCUCGCUGUGAAAUGAACAUCCAGAAAAAUCUAAGAGGAGAUGAGAGUUCGACAUUGCAAGUUGACUCGGUAAUCGAAGCACUUAACAGCUUAAGCUCAAGUCAAGUUCGUAUGGGUCUGUCAUCUGAAGAGCAGAGACUUUCUCAAAAUAGUAAAAGGAGGAAGUUCUCUGAGGCAGUUCUUAGCUCAGUAAAUUCAUGUCAGGAACUGGAUGAUAUAUGCCACGAGAAUGGCUGGAUAUUACCCAGAUAUACUGUAUUUCCAUCACUUGCAGGCUGUGAGAGCACUGGAAUGUUCAAGGCUACUGUGUCAGUACAUGGGACAGAUUUUGAGUUUGCCGACGAUGGUGAUCUGAAAAGUAGCCCGCAUGAAGCUCGGGAAUCUGCAGCUACCCAAAUGCUGAAUACCCUACAAACACUGCAGGCGAGGAUUAAAAAACAGUGAUAACUAUGUUAAUGUGCUUUUGUAAAUAUGAAACUUGAGGUGCUCAUUGCUAGGAGCGCAGUGGAAUUUCAUCCUUCAAUACAUAUAUGUUUAACUCACUAACCUCUGGACUUCAGAAAAAGGCAGAGGGGGAUUAUAUUACUUUAUGCUGUUACACAUCCCUAGUUCACGGUGUUUAUUGAUCCAUAGCUUACUCAUGGAAUCAGGGAUCUUGCUGAGUCUCUGCAUAGUCAUAGAGUUUGACUCUAUAAAGAUUACUAAUUGAAUAUUGCUUUGAACACGUUUCGGUUGUGACGAGGCAGAGUGUUUAAAAAUACGAGAUCGAUGAUUUAGCAUGGAGACGCUUGUUGUCAGUUA